AGAGAACGAGUUUUGUAAAAAUGGAGAUAAAUCUGAAUGGAUUUGAAAGAAAUGGCAAGAUUAAUAAUACUGUCUAUCCAAAAGCAAAUAUGAAAAAAUAGCAAUGCGGAAACAAAAGAAGAACCGAAGCCGAGGAAGCGGCCAGAUGUAACAGAUCGCGAAAUUAAUGUUGUAUAUAACUCCUCUGUUGUGUGUGAUGUGAGUAAAAAAAGGGUUCAGAUGGAAAAACCCUCAAGGAGGCUGAGGAAGCUUAGGAAAAAUAUCGGGCCCCAUUGGAGCAACUUCGUGUAUUUACCGAGAGGGGGCGAUAGUGCACAGCGACUGAUUUCCGCACAAACUUGGUUGUUUACAGAGGGCAGCUCUUACUCAAAAUAAAAGACGUUUGGUCAGUUUGGUGGCGUUUGGGUAGUACGAUUUCGCGCCUCGCGCUUGCAUUAUUUUAAGGAGACAAGAGACAACAGAGAUCCAUCACGAGGUGCACCACGAUAAAGCCGAUUUCUGAAGUGACGUUUAAAUUUCCAAAAUGGGUAGAAAAAGAGGAUUUCAGAGAGAGAGUAGUGACGAUCUCUUCUUUGACUCCCAAGAUCUUCCUGGUCCGAGCAGAGCCGGCGUAUCGUCACAACGACGUACUAGACUUUCGACCCUUACGGAAUCACAUAUGAGCUCGCAGGAUAUAGCUAGCACAUCGUCCCAACGACGUACUAGACCUUCGACCCUUAUGGAAUCACAUAUGAGCUCGCAGUAUAUAGCUAGCACAUCGUCCCAACGACGUACUAGAACUUCGGCCCUUACGGAAUCACAUAUGAGCUCGCAGGAUAUAGCUAGCACAUCGUCCCAACGACGUACUAGACCUUCGACCCUUAUGGAAUCACAUAUGAGCUCACAGGAUAUACCUAGCACAUCGUCUCAACGACGUACUAGAACUUCGGCCGUUACGGAAUCACAUAUGAGCUCGCAGAAAAUGGAGGCAGAAAAGGACACGCAACUAAUCAGUAGCGUGAUAAGAUAUCUAUUUGCCGCAGAUCGCAAUAAACAGCCUAUACAGAAAACGCAUAUCGUUAAAAAUGUAUUAGCUGGAAAUAGCAAAAUGUUCCGUUCGAUUAUAGACAAAGUGAACGAUCAAUUAUCUGAGGUAUUUGGAUACAACCUAAUAGAAGUUGAAAACAAUAAAUACAUAAUGGUGAACGAAAUAGAAAACGAUGUUCCACACCUCACCUUCCGCGAUAGCCAUAAGCAGGUGCUGUUGUAUCUUGUACUUGUACAUAUUUUUAUGUAUGGCGAAUCGUGCAAAGAAGAAGUACUAUGGGACUUCUUUCGACAUCUGGGUAUUAUAAAUAAUGAUAAUUUUCAACAUGAAUAUUUUGGCGACGUUAAUCAGUUGGUGACUGUGGAGUUUGUAAAUCAGAGAUAUCUUGAGAGGACAAUGAUAGAUAAGUACGAUCCAACGAAAUUCGAGUAUUCAUGGGGAUCUCGUGCGAAAAAUGAACUCACCUAUCGUUCCGCCUUGACAUUUGUCGGAGAGAUAUACGGUUGUCCUAUAAAUAAAUGGAAAUUGCAAUACAAAGCUGUAGAUGAGGAAGACAUAGAGUGAAAAGAAGAACAAGAUGAUUUACCUAUAUUUUCGCCGUGUUAAAAGAAGAAAGAAGAAAAGGACAACGUUACUCAAAGGGACAAAAUUAAAAUGCAUAAAUGUGUCGCGUGUGCGCACGUAUGUUUUCUAUUUUUCUAUUUUUAUAGUACAAAAACAUAAAAACUUUUUUCGAUACCAAAAAGAUGUAUUAUAAGAGUAUUUAAAUAAAGUAUAAGCAAAGUUAAUUUAAGUA